AUGCUACGUCGAUACAGUUCACGUAAUUUGGAAACGAUCCCAAUACAAUCAAAGGUCCUUACCAUUGGGACCGAAAAAUGUGACGUCAAGCUUAAUGCAAAAGGAGUACAUCCCAUCCACGCAUCUAUCGAACAAAGUCCAACAUCUGGUUCUUUUUGGCUAAGAGAUCAUUCAUUGGCUGGACAUACUUCUGUUAACGGACAUACAGUGAACGGACAGGUGGAGCUACGCAACGGAGAUCUAGUCCGUAUCGGUCGUGCUCAACCGUACGUAUUUGAGAAGAGGAACAUUCUGCCUUUAGUAAACGGGAAUAUGCCGAGCGAAGAACGUAUCGCAAAUGGCAGCCUAGGUGACGGUCUACCAAUACUAGGAAAGCGUAUCUCACCAUUGCCACAUCAAUCGAAGGUUAACACUAGGAGAGCGGUGACAGCAGUGACAAAAACGAAACGAAGUGCAACAGUUGGUUCCAAACCGACAGGAAAAGGAAUUGAGCUAAAAGAAGAGAUCCGUGCUAUAUCUCCUCCGUCAUCGAUUGAAACUGCUUCUGAAUGUUCAACACGUUCAGGACUCAAACAAACCAUUCAUACUCGCGGUUCCGUUGGUAACCACCUACUUCAACGGGUAGUUCGACUCCAAGACGAAGUUGCUAGGAAAAAUGCUGAGAUUGAAGAGCUGCGAAGGAAUCGAUGCACUUGUCAGGAUAUUCCCCCGUCACCUAUUCGACAAAGCUAUUUUCAUUUCGCAAGAUCACCACUUCCACCGGUGGGAAACUCAUAUUUCGGGAGAAACUUCGAGCUGGAAGCCUAUCGAACUUUUAUGGGAACAGUGGCAGCGAAAAUACGAUCUUUUAAUAAUUAUAUCCUUCGAAGUCGAAACGCAAACUACUCGGACGUUUUCUCAGCCUUCUACAACAUCACUAACGAGUCAUUUUCUCAACAGAUGCUUGAAAUCGAGAGAGAAUGCGACUUUGACCUGGAGAGAAAAGGUUUCAGCCCAAUUCAACGAACACAGUUGGCAGAAUUUUUUCGAAGCGAUAGAAGAGAAUGUAUCUCGGUAAGGAAUUGGGCCUUCCAGAUCCGUUUGUGA